AUGCAGUUGUAUGGUACUGGAAGGCUAGACCAUCCUUCAGGGGCAGUUCCUGAAGGCGAGUUCAAAGACAACGUGUUUCAUGGAGCUGGAACCUACACGUUUCCAAAUGGAGCCAAGUACACUGGACCGUUCAGUGCGAACAA